AUGCCUCACAUACCACUGGUUGUAUCCGAUGGUGUUCAUAAACAUGCUCUCCGUGUUCUCAUAACAGGCUUUGGGCCCUUUGCUAAUUACAAAGAAAACCCUUCAUGGCUAGCCGUCCGCGAACUCAACAAUGUCCUACUCGAACCCUCAAGCCUCGCACAACCCGUCACUCUCGAGCACCAACAAGUCUACUCUGAUGAAGAUUCACGUCCGAUCCAUGUUACGACUCUCAUGGUCCCCGUGACCUACUCCGCUGUCCUCUCAACGGUUCCGAAUCUACACGCUCGUCCGCCGAACUUGCCUAUUCCACCGGGCGAUGAUAUUGAUAAGCCUUUAUCUACGGACCCACCUCCCGAUGGAUAUGACCUUAUCAUACACGUCGGCGCGGGACGAACGGGAAAUCUUCGUAUCGAGAAGCUAGGGCAUAAAUAUGGGUACGACAUGCCGGACGUUGAUAGCAAAUUUGCACCUGAGGUCCAAGUGCUUAACGGGGGCGAUGCUGAGGAACGGGAUGAAGCGAAGAGGGCGGGUGGGACGGAGGACGCUGCUGAGGUGUUUGAACGUGCACGAGUCGCUGCUGAGAAGAAGAGCUCGAGUUUGAGGGGGUUUGCCGAGGGAUAUGAACCGUUUGAUGAAGAGUUGAAGACAGACGUUGAUGUUGACAAAUUAGUCGAAGACUUAAAACAUUUAGGCGUGGAUCAGAUCGAGGCGAGCACGAAUGCUGGUCGUUAUCUAUGCGACUUUAUUUAUUACUGUUCUCUGGCUGAGGCUCAACGCACACGAGAAGCGCAAUCGUCCUCAGGCAAGGCAACGAAGGUGCUCUUCGUGCAUUGCCCACCGGUCGACAAGCCGUUGAACUCCGAGUACGUGACGGAAGCGCUGAAGUGUAUCACCAUGUCUGUAUGCGGACGGUCGUCAUAAUUGUGUAUAAGUUUAUAAGAUUUAUGGUGGACAUCGAAAUGGAAUGGAGGUGCAAAAUGUAAACAUAACAAUUUUAUUAAAGUCAUGCAC